CCAUCCUCCAUUUCCCCGGCAUGGACGGCGGGGCAGCCCACGUCCCCACUUUGCCGCUGCCGACAUCGCCCGCAGAUGCGCGUACUCGCAUGGAGGAGUCGCUCAAACGCUCCGUCACCAUCGUCUUCUGGUACAAACCGCACUCCGCGCCCAUCCGCCUCCACGAAGAGGUCCCGACGUUCCCGCUCCUCCAGCUCUCGCAGUUCCCCCAGCUCGUGGCGGACCUCGCGCUCUCCCCGACAUCCUACGUGGACGCAUACAAUCCCCGCGCGCGCACCUGGGAGCAGCAGACCGUCUCCGCCGUGUGCGUCGUGCAGAGCGAGCAGCGCCUGCUCUUCCGCACGCGUAUGAGCCUCCUGCAAGGCAUGGCCGACGCCGAGUGCCCAGACUUGCAUGACGAGAUCGCCCUGCAGCAGCUCCCCCCUCUGUCCGGCGGCGUCGGCAAGCGAGUCGCGCCCUCGGACGCAGGUCCAGCGCCGCCGCCGCCGAAGCAGCCCCGCACGGAGCCUGCGCCUCCCUUGCCGACACCGACGCCUGAAUCCGAGUCCGCUGGUUCCUCCUCCUCGUCAUCAGCCUCGUCGGCAUCGACCCGCGCGGGCAUCUCCAAGCGGAGCUCAGUCCCGCGCGACCUCUUCCAUCACUUCAUGCCGCCCGCCGGCGCCGCACUGCCUCUCCCCAUCGCGCACGCGUCGCCCCCGCCGCUGGCCAAGCGCUGGCCGAAUGACUACACGGUGUGCGAGCUCGCGGCGGGCUUCCGGACGAUGGACGCGGUGCUGACGUCGGAGCCGGGCGUGACGCAGCGCGCGGCGUUUGAGCGCGCGUUCGGGUGCCGGUACGUCAAGUCGACGGUGUGCCGGCACCGCGGGGUGUGGCGGCGCGCCGGGCGGGAGCUGCGGGAGACGUACGAGCGCAUGGGCGCGGAUAGGCGCGCGGUGUGGACGGUGUUUCUGCGGCAGGUGGAGGGCGGGACGAUGCGCACGGAUCAGGGCCAGAGCAAGGGCAAGGGCAAGGGACGAGGGGGAGGGCGUGCGGACAGACCGUUGGCAGGAGAGAUGACGGUGGUGAUGGCCCCGCAGAUGGCGCAGAUGGGAGGUGCUGCGCCGUCGCAGCCAUCGUCGUCGUCGUUGUUGCCUCGGCCGCGAUCUCCCGCCGUCAGGGGUCCGAUCAUGGGCUCUUUAGGGCCUCCGCCUCCUGGGUUCGACCCUAACAAUCUGCGCCAGUUUGUUCCGCCUGUUGAGAAGUCUGUCCGGCCCUCACGCGCGACAACCAUGCGGCUCAUGGACAGCGACGACGACAAGGCGGAGCCCAGCGGCCAUCUGGGCAGCGUGCGGCCGCUGAGCACCAUACGGCGGUUCAAGGACUCGGUGCAUGACUACAUGCCGUUCGGGCCUGAGGUAUGCGCGAUCAUCGACACGCCGCAAUUCCAGCGGUUGCGGCAUAUCAAGCAGCUGGGGACGUCCUACUAUGUCUGGCCCGGGGCGUCGCACAACCGCUUCGAGCACAGCCUCGGUGUCGCAUUCCUCUCAAACCUCAUGGCCGAGCACCUCCAGCAGUCGCAGCGCGAACUGGGCAUAACGCUGCGCGAUAUCAAGUGCGUCACCAUCGCGGGCUUGUGCCACGACCUCGGGCAUGGGCCCUGGAGCCAUGUGUGGGACGGGCAGUUCAUUCCUCGUGCUCUGCCAGGAAAUAAGUGGAAACACGAGGACGCGUCGGACAUGAUGUUCGACACCCUGGUCAGGGAGAACGAUCUUGAGCUGCCUGAGGACGACGUCGCUUUCGUCAAGGCGCUCAUUGCGGGCGAUAGGACAAAGUGCAAAGACACGGAGAAGCCAUUCUUGUUUGACAUUGUGGCGAACAAGCGGAAUGGCCUGGACGUGGACAAACUGAUCCACUCCGCACGCGUGAUCGAGAACGAGAUAUGCUACGACAUCAAGGACGCGAACCAGAUUUACGAGCUAUGCUACACGCGCUUCAGCCUCCACAAGCGCAUCUACAACCACAAAACCGCAAAGGCGAUCGAGUACAUGAUCGUCGAUGCGCUUCUAUCUGCGGACAAGCAUAUGCACUUUGCGAAAGACAUCAGCAACGCGCGGAGGUUUCUCUACCUAACGGACGACAUCAUGACCCGCAUUGAGGCUACUGAGCAGCCUGAGCUCGAGGAGGCCCGGGCCAUAUUUCACCGCGUGCACCGGCGCGACCUGUACCGCUGCGUCGACUACAAGGUCUUCCCGUGGGCGGAGCAGGCCAUGUGCCAGUCGUAUUUCACGCCCGAGGCAAUCGUCGACGCAGCAAAGGGGGACCCGGACGGCGGCGCAGACCCCGCACUGCUCGCGGAGCUCGAGCCUGGCGACGUGAUCGUCGACAUAACCAAGAUGCACUACGGCAUGGGCGACAAGAACCCGCUCGAGUCGGUCAAGUUCUACUCGAAACAACACCCGAACACGUGUGAGAAGGCGAAGAAGGAGGACAUCUCGCUCCUCAUGCCGGAGGUCUUCGGCGAGGUCCUCCUGCGCGUGUACACCCGCGACGACAGGUUCUUCGGAAUCAUCCAGGCAGGAUACAACACGCUCCUGAAGGCGCUCGGUGGCGGGCCCAGCGAGGACCCGCUCCAGUCGCCACCGCGCUCGCCGACCCCGCCGGUUUUUCCUGCGCCGUCGACGCCCCCGCGAAAGACGCGCCCCCUGUCGCGCGUACACAGCGCGGGCGCGCGGCUGCUCAGCUUGGGAACGACACCAACGCCGAACACAUUCAUGGCGGUCACGAAGGACUUCCAGGGACGCGCGGCGUCGCCCACGCGGCGGAAGAGCGGGAAGCGGGAGCGUGAUGCGGAGAAGGGGGAGUCGCCGCCCAAGAAGAAGGCUAAGCCCGCGCCGCCUCCCACGGACGACGACCUGGAGUUUUGA